UCCCCCACCCCGAGGAUUUUUUUUUUUUUUUUGGGGAAUUUUUUUGGGGGAUUUUCCCCGGAAUUUUGGGAAGAUCUGGCAAGAUGCCACCACCGGUGCCACCCCCGCUGUCCCCGCUGUCCCCUCUGCUGCUGCUGCUGCUCCUCCCCGGCUCCGCGCGCGCCGCCGUCCACGCCAACCUCACCGAAGGCUGCCAGAUCAUCCACCCUCCGCGGGACGGGGGGAUCCGCUACCGGGGGCUGACGCCGGACGAGGUUCGGAGCGUCCGGUUCCUGCCCUUCGACUACGAGAUCGAGUACGUGUGCCGGCCCGAGCGCGAGAUCGUGGGGCCCAAGGUGCGCAAGUGCCAGCGCGACGGCACCUGGACGGCCAUGGGCCACCCCAGCCGCUGCCUGCGGACGUGUCCCAAGGCCCACCUGAGCCUGGAGAACGGCCAGGUGGCCGCGGGGGACAUGGAGAGGGUCCCGGUUGAAGGCACCUGGGCCAGGUUCUCCUGCCAGCCCGGCUUCCGCCUGGCCGGCGCCGCCCGCAGCAACUGCACCAAGAGCGGCCGCUGGAGCCACCCCAAGCCCCAGUGCCUGCGUUCUUGA